GAUAAAUUCGUUCAUUUAAGUUUAUAUGAAGCUUUUGAUAGCGACAAUUUUUUUUUAGAUAUCGUUUUACAUUAAUUUUAAAUAAUGUCUGUCGGAGACUUUUUUAAUGGUAAAUACAUUCUUAUAACUGGAGGAUCGGGUUUCAUUGGAAAAGUGCUCAUUGAAAAACUAUUAAGAUCUUGUGGUGGGAUUGAAAAAAUUUAUGUACUUUUAAGGAAAAAGAAAGACAAAACACCCGAGGAAAGGCUUCAAGUAAUCACCGAUUAUCAAUUGUUCGAUACUUUAAAGAACAUUAAUCCCGAAGCUAUUAAGAAAUUAGUACCCAUAUGUGGAGAUAUAGCCAAACCCAAACUUGGUUUAACCGAAGAAGACACCCAAACUCUUAUUGAAAACGUGGACAUCAUCUACCAUGGAGCAGCUUCAAUAAGAUUCGAUGACCAUCUGACAGAUAGUAUACUGCUGAAUACAAGGGGAACUAAAGAAGUAGUAGACAUAGCAUUGCAAGCAAGAAAGUUAGUAACGUUUGUGCAUAUAUCUACUUCAUAUUGCAAUUGCGAUAGAUUCGAAAUAGAGGAAAAAUUAUAUCCAGCACAUGCCGAUUGGAAAAGUACCAUAACAUUGGCGGAACAAGUUGAUCCACACAUUUUAAGUAUUUUGUCACCGAAAUAUAUUUAUCCUUUACCAAAUACUUACACAUUUGCAAAAUCUUUAUCUGAACAUGUCGUUAACGAUUUGUGCAAAGGCAAACUACUUGCAACCAUUGUAAGGCCUUCAAUUGUUGUUCCGUCUUUAGACGAACCAAUUCCUGGCUGGAUUGAAAACUUCAAUGGCCCAGUAGGUCUGCUCUGUGGUGGAGGAAAAGGUAUAUUAAAAACACCUUAUGGAGAAGAAAAUUCCACUUUUGAUUGGAUUCCAGUGGACAUUUUAACAAAAUUGUUAAUUCUGAUUACCUACGAAAAGGCCUUAUCUAA